GGCUGCGGCGCGGCCAUGCCGGACCUGGCGAGCCUGGCGCUGGGCGCGCUGUGCGUGUACCUGGCGCUGCGGCUGCUGCGGCCGCGCCCCGCCGCGCCCGCGCCCGCCCGCGCCCGCGCCCGCUACUCCGCGCCGGGGCGCUGGAGCUGGCUCAAGCGCGGGGCUGCGCGGGGGCUGCUCCGCAUCGCUGCCCCGCGCCGCCGGGCGCCGCUGCCGGAGCGGCCGCAGGAGCUGCAGCGCGACCCGCACGCUCUCGAUUCAGUUUACUUCACUGGGUUUACAGAAGCUGACAAAACUUUUGUGAUUGUUCGCCUUGCAAGACGUCCUAAUGGGGUCUGUGAAAUCUGGCUCUUUCUUCGGGUGGAUGGAGUCGGAGAGUUUCAACAUCCAGUGCAUCCAGACAUGAUAGUGGCUGAUGAAUCUGAAAAAUGCUGGAGUGGAGGAGGGCUGACAAUUGAAUGCUUAGAGCCGCACAGACGCUGGAAAAUAGCAUUCCAGGGACUGCUCAGGAAGGGGCCGUAUCGGCAACAGUGGAGUGACGAGGAGGGUGAACUUGUGCAUGUCAAAUUCUCUCUCCGCUGGACCACCUUUACAGACGUAUUUGACUUUAAAUUCGACAGUCAUCCAGACUCAUUCGCACGUGCCUUGGCUUUGGAGAAGUGGAGCCAAGAACUCUUCCAAAGGAUCAAAAGAGAUGGGGAACAACAUUCUCGGUAUGAGCAAUGGGGUCAGCAGAUAGGAGAAAUUGAAAUUGAAAAUCAUCAGAAGAGAGAGCUGUUUCUGAGAGGCAUUCGGACCCACUCUUACGGUAUCCGAAACUGGGAGGAGUUUUACCGAUAUGUCAUGCUUUUGAUGCAUUUUGAGGAUGGGACCUCGGCACACCUAACAGUUCUUUGUAAACCAGCAACUACAACACACCUUGCCGUUGGCUAUGUUCUUUUCCCAAAUGGGAAGAAAGCCGGUAUUGACUGGACCGAUGCCUUGCUGGCUGAGAUGGCUGAUGAUGGUAUUAUUAAAGACACAUACAGGGUCAGCUUCACUGCAGAUGGCAAGUCCUUCAGCGUUUCUGCUACACUUGACAAGGAAGCUCGCCCCAUGGUGUAUAAUGGUUUAAUUGGGAAGGGAGUAUUCCACGAGUGUAUUGCUGAUUUCCAGCUGAAUUCUUCGCUUCGAGGCUGGGGCCUGGUUGAAUUUUAUUACAGAGAUGAAGUUGGAGACCUGGUUCCUUCCGUUAAUUCUCCACUAAAGCUGAAGGAGCCAUCACUGCCUGCCAGCUCCAAGUUCGUGGUGUCCUUCACUGAAGAGCACUCGCAGUGUACCAAGGAGGUUGGGGGCAAAGGAGCUCAGAUAGGGCAGCUCACUCGCUUACAGGGGCAGCUUGGGAAUCAGUUCAUAGUCCCCCCAGGCUUCUGUGUCACGGUAUUAGCAUUGGAACAGCACAUAAAGCAGAACCAGGCGCUCCAAGAAGCUGUGAAAGAGCUCACCCAAGUGGCCUGUAAAAUUAAACCAGGAAAUCUCCAGGAGCUUUGCAAAAGAUACUCUGAAACGUUCAACAGCACCAGGCUCUCCUGUGAGAUAGAAGAUGCUGUGCUUCAGCGGCUAGAGGAACUGGGGUUACAGCAGGAGCUCCUAGCAGUCAGGCCCAGUCCUGUUGGAGAAGACACAACAGACAAGGCUGCCGCUGGACAACUCCAGUCAGAGCUGGGAAUUAAGGGGAGGCAGCAGGUGUGUGGGGCGAUUCUGGCCUGCUGGGCCUCUCUGUACUCAUUCCCGGCUGUACGGUAUCGCCAUCAAAGAGGACAGCUGAUCCCGUCACUCAUGGGGGUUGUCAUCCAGCAAAUGGUGCCAGCUGAGGCUGCAGGAACGCUGUUCACUUGUGACCCACUUACGGGACAUCCUGGGAAGAUUAUCAUUAAAGCCAACUAUGGAAUUGGGGAGUCCACAGUAACUAGCAACGUGGAGCCCGAUACAAUCACUCUCCUCCACAGCCCAAAAAGCGGACUCCAGGUCACCAGUAAGAAGAUUGGAUCGAAGAAGCAACAUGUCCAUUUGAGCGUUGGUGGAGGUACCAUGAUGCUAGAGGACUCUCACCCUACAGAGACCUCGCAGUGCUGCAUUUCUGAUGACAUUAUUCUAAAGGUGGCUGGCCUUGCUCUUUGGGUGAGAAAAGCAUAUGGAUCUGCCAGGGAUAUUGAGUGGGCUGUGAAAGAAAACCUCAUCUACUUCCUUCAGGCUAGGCCUAUGACAUCUUUCAAUAUGGAAUCAGAUUUUGAGCUGAUGCAUGAAUUUGACACUGGAUUACCUUCGGAUCUUCAGUGGCUGACAACUGCCACCAUCAGUGAAGCAGCUCCUGGAGCAAUCACCCCGUUGACAUGGAGUGUAUUUGGGACAGCCACACAGUAUGUCAUUCAGCAACUUGGCGCGCUCAAUGGUGGACUGAGUCAACUCAAGCUGCACAGCUUACGUGGCCUGGAUAUGUACUGUGGCCAUCUGUUCCUGAGUAUUUUGUCUUAUGCUGCUUCCUGUGAACCAUCCAACGUGAUAAAUCAGAAGAACAAUCCUCUCUGCUCACCAGUGGAAAAAGAGCUGAAUGAGCUGGGCUUUCACGACAUCAUUUUACAGGGCUUACAUUUGUCACCAUGGAGGAAGAUCUUCAGCUUCAAGUUCAUGAAGUUUUUGCUCAACAGCUCCUCUAAGCAGCGGUACUGGGAAGAGCAACUCCAAAACUUCAGCAUCCCUUCUGGCAGCGAUGCUGCUGAGGCCUACCUCCAUCUUACUAAGAUGCUGCCAGAAUAUUUCAAUGCUUAUUUAACUUCAGUCAUGAGCUCCUCAGCCUCGAUCAUGUGGACCAGCUAUUUGAUUGACACUUUGUCUCAAGGAGAAAACAAAUUGACCGCAGAGGCCAUCGCUGUGCUCUGCAAGAACUGCCCGGAUGCUUUGUCUACAGAGCUGCCUCAUUCAGUAGAGGUGAUAAUCCAAGCUGUUAGAGACCAAGGAAACAGUGCAGAAUUUGCAAAAAUGGAUUCACAGACAGCAGUGUCAUGGCUGCUUUCAGCUGACAGCGGGGAAGCUGGAAAGGCGUUUCAGAGCUUUCUGAAAAGACAUGGUUUCUUCAGCUUUGGAGAAGCGGAGUUGAGGAGCAAGCCUUGGGCUGAUGAUCCCACCCAACUGAUUCCACUUAUUCAAAGAGCUGUGGCGUCUAAUCACAUUUCCAAGAAGAAAACCCAAACAUCAGUAGAAGAAGCCAUUGCUGCUGUAAAAAUCCCAAUCACUGGGUUAAGAAAGAUCAUACUUCCCCUUUUGGUAAGGAAAGCAAGAGUUGGGAUUUCCAAGCGAGAAUAUUCAAAGACUUUAGCCAGGAAGGUUUAUGCUUUAUUCAAGACAGCCUACUGGGACCUGGCCAGGCAGAUGGUGAAAGAGGGUUUUUUGCCAGAUGAGGACUUGCUGUUCUUCCUAACGCACGCCGAGGUUGGAGAAAUCUUACAGCACAGACCUCUGGAUAUAAUCCUCAGGGCUAACAGGAGGAAAAGGAUAUUAGAUCAACAGAAUCUGUUACAAUUCCCAGAGGUGGCUAUGGGCAGACCAGUUCCUUUACGUUUCAAGGAGGUUGCAGACCUAACAACUGAGACCGUACUCAGUGGCAUAAUCAUUAGUCAAGGAGUGGCUAAAGGAACGGCCCGGGUAUUGAAGAGUGUGGCAGAAGCCAGCAGUAUUCAGCAAGGAGAUAUUUUAAUUGUGGCAAUCCCAGAGGUCGGCUGGACAUAUUACUUUCCUUUACUGGGAGGAUUAGUCACUGAAAUUGGAGGCAUACUAUCACAUGGUGGUAUAAUCGCAAGGGAGUAUGGCCUGCCUUGUAUUAUGAAAUGCAAAGGAGCAACCAUCUGGUUUAAGUCAGGAGACAAAGUGAUAUUGGAUGGAUUUAAAGGAACAGUGCAGAAACUUGAGGAGUAAAACUUCAUGGAGGGUAUACGUUAUAUGAAUACUAGCACCAAUCUGCAAAGCUGUCUGCAGCAGGGCUCUUUUGAACAUUUUGCCAGUGGGGAAGAAGGGGGGUAACACUUAAUAUUUGCACUAUAGAUUUGUUCAUCUUUUUAUAAAUGGCUAUAAAUAAAUUCCCAUCUGUUUCUGUUGACCUAAAGUUUAGGUUAUCUAGUUAGGGUACAGAAAAAUGCAACAUGUCCAUUCCUGUGCCAAAAAUACUAAGUAACAAAUCAUGACUACCAGUCACCAUUGUAUAGAUGGCCUUUUGCAUAAAAAUGGCCUUCUAAACUGCUCAUUGAAAAUUUGUAAAUGAAGGGGGAAAAAAAACCGUAGAUGUUAUACCCAUUCAACGAAGUCUUCAUAUAGAGAAGAAGGGAGCUAAAUUCAGUUGAGUAAAUUGUUUGCUUCAAAUAGUUCAACAAGUAAAAGUUAAAGCAAAGGCAGAAGAGAAAGUGAAGGAAACUCAAACACGGCAAAUUUUAAAUGGAUCAUAGGAAAUACUUUUCUACACAAUUUGGAAUUAGCCUGUGGACCUCCUUGCCACAAGAUAUAACAGCAGUUAGACCAGGGGUGGGCAAAAUGUGGCCCGUGGGCCAGAUGCGGCCCACCAGGUCAUUCUGUCUGGCCUGCGGGGCCCCUAAAAAUUUAGAAAAUUAAUAUUUAUCUGCCCCAGCUGCCUGUCAUGCGGCCCUCGAUGGCUUGCCAAAACUCAGUGAGCGGCCCACCCCUUAGUUAGAAGAUUCAGAGCAAAGGACCAUUUACAACCCUAACAGGACUAUCCAGAACCACAUCAGUAAGGUUUUUAAAAAAGUAACCAAGAGUUUUGGCAAGGAUAAAAUCCUUCCUUUUCAAUCUGUAAAUAUUGCAGGUGGGGGUUUCCCUGGGACCAAUUGCUCCAUAACCAUCUCUACCAUGUUUCUUGCAUCUUCUUCUGGACCUGGUGGACAUGACUCUUGGCCCAUGGAUUCCUCUACUCUGACUUUUCUGUCACUUAUGAAAAAUGGAGUGACAGAAAACCCUGUCACUCCUGUUCAGAAGCCGCAUUUGUCUGCUUUUACCUGUAAGCAUUCAGUAGCUAUUUGUCCUGCUACGCUCUUACCCACCAGCAACUUCUUAAGUCUUUGAUAUAUUUGAUUUCAAGACCUGAUGUCUUUCUUUAAGCAAAACAGAGUUGGGAUCUCUGCAAGAGUAACAGAAGGAUUUUGCUGUGAUAUAUGUUAUCCAAGGUCGCUUGUCCACGUCAUCGGCAUUUAUCCUCUAAAAAUGUUUGCGGUUUAAUUUUCUUUUCUUAGUUUAGCUAGCUUAAUGGCGAUUUUUGUAACGUGGUAACAGGAGAAGUGGAACGUGGUAACAGGAGAGGCAUAACGUGUACAAGGGCCCCAAAAGAUCAGACUAGAUAAUUUAAUGAUCCUUGUUCUGGCCACAACGUCUAUAUGACUUGACAUAGUUUGCAAAGCAAAACUAAAUGGGAAAAAAGUUAUAGUGUAGCACAGAGCAGCCAAUCAACAGAUAUAUCCUUUUUAUUUUUGUUGGAGGAACUUCUUCACCGGUGAAUCCAUGUUAAACAGACUGAAAAACUAAUUUGGGAAUAAUCACCUGAUUUUCCAGCGGCCAGAGUUUUGUGCACCAGCCUCCAAGUAUGGAGAUCAACCAGGGAAACAAUUGUGUUUAUUAAUUAUGAUAUUUUUCCUUGCCACAUAUGAGCUCAAAGUUAGAGAAAGCUGCUCUCCUCUGCUCUGCUCAGCUCUUCCAUCGGGGUGGGUUUUUUCGCUUUGUGCUUUUUGUCCCUAGUUCCCAGGCCCCCCGUGGUCUGUGAACCAGUAAGAGACCUCACAGUAAAAUCAGGGGGAUGCUGGGUAUUUUUUUAAAGACAACUCAGACACUGUCCCUAGUGAUGUAUUUUUUUCCCUGAGUAUAGGCUUGGAUUCUGGCCAUAGCACAGUCCAAACGUGGAACUGGAAUCUGAAGCCCUGUCCUACUUGUGCUCUGUCCUUCUUAUCCAAAGCAUUCUCGUUUCAUUUUGACAAACCGCCGAGGAAUUCAAGUCUGAGUAUUAUUUUUAGUGGUACAUCUUAUCGGCCAAUUAGCAUUUUAAUUUAAAAAUACAAAUGCCUAUCUCUCCGUUCACAGUUAUUCUGUCAGCUACAAAGCGAUUGUUUGGUUACAGACUUCAUGAAUCAAUAUUAGCACGACUCACGAAGUAUCUUAUUUGCUUUGUGAUAUGAAUGUUUAACGUCUUUUUAUUUUAUAUAUAUUGGGGGGGGGGGGGCACAUAUUUUAUGUGCCGUGAAAACCAUGGUGAUCUCAGCAAGCUAUUUUCCUGUUGUUAAGCCCUGAACCCUAAUCUGAAGGAAACAAGCGCAGCUUCUCUUAUUUUCAAACAGAUAAGAUUUGCGAGGUUAUUAAUCACAGAUUCAAAUGGCUACAGUGGGAAUUGAAAGUGAUAUACAGUUUUAUAUAAAACUUGUCAACAUUUAUUACCAAGUCAGACCAUCAGUCCGGUGGGAGCCUUAGAAAGUCAUUAUGUGUCUGGUGUAUGAUAAAGAGCGAUUUUCCCGCAUAAACAGCCAUGACAUCAUGCUGAACUUACAUGUUCUUUCAUCUGCCUCCUAACCGUACAGCUUCUUUUAAGGCCAUUGCACUGGGCUUUGAUUUUUGGAUGGGGGGGAGUUCUCUUUUCUGCUAUGUAUCCUUUAAUCUGCUGUUUUGUUAGUACAAUAAAAUACUGUUUUUCUCGAA